GUCCAACGACGUCGUCAGCAGCAUCAACAAAUGAUGGCCAAUUAUUUGUACAAGCUCUUGCUGAACCCGGCUGUAUCCUAGAGUUGUUUUUACAAGCUGUUUGGCCAAAGCUUUGUACGAGCUGCUUUCCGCUACAGCAU